CUCGUCUUCUGAAAGUAUCCAGAACACCUCACUCACCAUGAGCAAGCCGCUCGGAGUCGCGCUCGUCGGCAUCGGCGAGGUCGCACUCACUGUGCAUCUCCCGACGCUCCUCCUUUCGCCGUACUUCAACACCCUCGCGCUUGUAGACGUCUCACCCGAGGCGCUCGCGCAUGCGGCGCAAAAGUUCCAUGUGCAGCGCACUUACACGGCCAUUGAGCCUGUGCUGACCGAUAACGACAUCGACCUGAUCAUGAUCACCAGCGCGAACGAGUACCACGUCGAGCAGGCCAUCGCCGCCCUCCGGGCCGGAAAGCACGUAUUCGUGGAGAAGCCUCUGGCCCUUACCGCCUCGGGCGCGGAACAGGUUGCGGCCGUGGCUAAGGAUUCGGGGAAGGUGUGCUUUGUCGGCUUUAUGCGCCGGUACGCUAAAGCGUUCUUGCGCGUCAAGGAGAUGGUGCACAGCGCUGAGAGGAUCGCAUACGUGCGCGUGCGCGACAUCAUAGGGAAAAACCAGUACUUUGUCGAGCAGAGCGGCUUCUACCCGCGCAAAUUCAACGAUACGCCAAAAGUGGCUAUCGACGACCGCGCGGCGCGGAAUGCAGCCAUGCUCGCCGAGGCUUUGGGCGAGCACAGCGCGCGCGACGCCGAAACGUGGGGCCUCUUGACGAGUCUGGCGGUCCACGACAUCAGCGCGAUGCGGGAGCUCAUUGGCAUGCCUCGGCGCGUGGUUAGUGCGUCGCGCAGCGCCGACUGCCAGUGGAUCUGGGCUACGUUCGAGUACGAUGGGUUUGUCGCGUAUUAUGAGGUCGGGAUUGACGACGUGCGCGUGUUCGAUGCGCACAUCGAGGCUUACCUCCACGACCGCCGGGCCAAGGUUACAUAUGACACGCCGUAUGUCAAAGGCCUCCCUAUAACGGCGACCGUGCAGUACACGCGUAAUGGAGAUCACGUCGAGGAAACCAUCCGCCCGACGUACGAGGAUGCGUUCACGCUCGAAUAUAAGGCGCUGUACGACGCCAUCACCACUGGCAAGCAUGUGAAGACUAACCCUGAGGACGCGUGCGAGGAUCUUGUCAUCUUCAAGAUGGUCAUGGACGCCAUAUGGGCUGGCGAAAACGCGAGCCGUACUUGCGGAUCGUCUUGAGGAGUGAACGCAUAGGUGUAGUUAUGAGAUGGGAGCGCAUAAAGAGCAGUGAGAGAACAGGAACAUGGUCGCUGCAUAUUG